UAUAAAUGGUUUUGCAUUAACUAUUCAUAAUUAUGAAUUAGAGUAUAAUUAGAAAGAAUGUGGAUUUGAAUUCAGCUGUUAGCUUAAGACUGUUAGUGACAGGUAAGGAAUUAAUCUAAGAAUAUUAGUGAGGAGUAAGAUUUGGAGGGUUGUUUUUAAAGCAUAAUAAAAAAGAAUGAGAAUACGAUAGUUGUAUGAGAAGGUGGAAAUAAUAAUAAUAAUAAAAAAAAAGAUCUUGACAGUAAAGGGGAUUCAUCCAUCCGUGCGAAGAUGCAAUAAAAAUAAAAAAGUCCAUAGCAAAAAAACAAAAAUGGGAAAAGCAUUUUGCAGAAAGCAAGCUCCCCCAGACAUACCCCAUAUCGAUUGCGUUUUACAACACACCAAACCAAACCUCUCUCACACAACACACACUUUCGGGGGAAGAGUGGAACAAAAACCUUCCCUCAAUCACUGAACAUGAAGCUAUCGGGCAAACCCGUUUCGAGUCCGGGUCGGACAGACAAAUUCCCUCCACCGCUCAUGAGGUUCCUCAGGAGCAAUGCAGGGAGCAAAAGCAGAAGGUCCAGGUCAAGCCCAAUGUUCCUGCGCAAGAAAACCACCACCAACAUCCAAACACAAACCACCCAGGAACCUUCUUCCCCCAAGGUCACGUGCAUGGGGCAAGUCCGAGUUAAACGCUCUUCCAACACCAAACGCGACGUCCCUCCCACGCGCUGUCGCUGUCGCUGGGUUCCCAAGUCCAACCCCUGCCGCUACCGGCCCUUCUGCCUCACCUGGCCCUUCUUCCGCCCAAAGCCCAAGCAACACUCCCGGCCCAACCACCACCGAGAAUCGGAAUCAGCCUCCGAAGAGAGAACCAAUGCGGAUAAAAAUAUCGUUUCUUUUGCUUCCAACCCUAGCACGCCCCCGAAAAACGCUUUGUUGUUGACCCGUUGUAGAUCCGCCCCGUACAGGUCCUCUUCGCUGGCUUGUAGGUUUUGGAGUUCCCCCGUUAAGGACCAAGAAACGGACUUUCCGGACACGGAACCUGCCUCCGAGGAACCCCAAACGGACACCAAACUUGGGUUUCUCGGAACGAAGAUUGCCUCACUUACCGAAGAAGAAAAGGUUGAGGAAUUAUUGUCUGACCAAAAAGAAGUUGAAGUGGUGUCUGCAAUCGAAUCACGCCCUAGUGUACUCACUAGGUGCAAAUCGGAACCGGCGAGAACCGGACAUAGAAUUGACCCUCUGGUAAAUAAUCUGUGGAAAAAAAGGUUGGAAAUUGAUUAAUCCGUAUUCUUAUUUGGAUUCUGUCGUUGCAUAAUUGAAUAUAGUUUUCUUUUCUUUUCUUUUUGUAUAUAAUUAAAUGUUUUGACACCUGGAGUAAUAGGCGUAACUGGGUGGGGCUUUUUGUCAUAUGAGCCUGGUAAAUAGAAAGAAGGAAGAGGAGAAGAAGAAGAAGAAGGUAGAAGUGGGUUGGAGUACUUGUUUUUCGGUUCUCGGUAGUUAAUGCCUUUCUUGUCAUUACAUUGCAGACAUACACAGCACAAGCCUGAAUUUCUCUUUUUCUCUGCCAACAAUGUUAAGAACCUGAACUCACUGCAAUUUUCUUUCACGUGCUGCUUUUUGUUGUUUCAGUUAUCGAACUUGACAUAGUUAUAAA